UAACUGAUCCAUUCAUUUAACUUUUCAGGCAUUGACUAUUGUGUACACAACUGGACAACAGGAUAGGUGAUGGAAGUGCAAAUGUGUUUUCAUAUUCUGCUUUCCCUUCAGUUUCUGUCUCGGGAAAGGGAUUGGCAACCUGUGCAACCUGUAGCCCUAUACAAAACAGAUGUUGAGAUUUUUUUUAUUUUUUUAUUAAUACUAAAUUUAUGAGAAAAUAAGGCAAAUCAGUCUCUUUGUAAUCUAUGCAUUCUCUCAUCCAGAUUUGCAAAAUUACUUGAAGAAAAUAGAGUUGUGCCCCAGUGUAUAUUUGAAAUAUGAUUUAAAAUGCAAACCAAAAAGUAGUGACAAAGAAACUGGCUGAUACAAUGCAAGGAAAAAGCUUACUCUUCAGACCUGUAUUUGCUUCGAGAUGUCUUGAGUAAAACUAGUUAAAUAUCUGUAUACCUGCUUCCUGAGGUAUGAGGUAUCCUGAGAUCUGAGAUUUUAAUCUAUUUGUCCUAAAGGAUGUUAUUUAGAAAAUCAGAAAUGUGUGUUUGAAAUUUUCAGGAGACCAAACUUGUGAACUUUUAUAUCAAGGGAUUAGUUGUGGAUAUAUGGAAGAUAAAGUAGAUAAGAGUUCAACAGCUGACAUUCUUAUUCUGUGGCUAUUUGAGCUGACUACAUCAUAGUCAUGGAGUAAUUGAGGAUUCUGCUCAAAAGACUUUAACAUCUGUUACUCCAUGUGUAUAAAUAGAGUAUAAAUUCCUGGGGUUAUUCACCAGGAAUGCAUCUUCCCAAAUGAAUAUCUAUCCUGGAUCAUGUUCUUUGUUUUGCUCUGGCUAUAAACCCCCUGGAUGUGUGUUUAACUCACCAUGUAUCUGAAGCAAAGCCUUUCUUAAGGCAGAUACCAGAGCAAGUAGAAAAGGGUUAAGAGGAUAUAGCAAGGGAGUUUUGCCUACAGGACCUAUGUGUCACUGCCAUUGCUAUUUUUCCAGUGAUCCUGUUUUGCCACUGCUCUGCUACAUGAUCCUGAAAUCCUGAAAUCAUCAGAUGUGGUUCUCCCAUUACUUACAGCAUGGAAACAUUGAACCAGUCUGCAGAAGCUAUCAGAGAGAUUGUAAAGAUAAAGGAUCUUGCAGACGCUCUAGAAGAAGGAGGCUGUGAUCUCGAAACUGUGAGAAACAUCGUUCAAGGAAGGCAAUUGCCUGCUGAUUUAAGGGCCAAAGUCUGGAAGAUUGCACUUAAUGUUGUAGGAAAGGGGGACAGCCUAGCAUCCUGGGAUGGCUCCUUAGACCUACCUGAGCAGAGUAUAAUUCACAAAGAUUGCCAAGAGCUAAUUGACCAGUUGUCGGUGCCAGAAGAAGAGAAGUCAGUAUUAAUUUUGGAUAUUGAGUCUGUUAUUACUUUUUAUUGUAAAUCACGCAAUGUUAAAUACAGUUCUUGCCUCGGCUGGAUACAUCUCCUCAAACCUCUGGUGCACCUUCAUUUGCCUCGCAGUGAUUUGUACAACUGCUUCUAUGCUAUCAUGAAUAAAUUCAUUCCAAGGGAUUGUUUUAUGAAGGGAAGACCCUUUCAUCUAUUUAGACUGUUGCUUCAGUACCAUGAGCCUGAACUCUGCUCGUUUCUUGAUACCAAGAAGAUGACUCCAGAUUCAUAUGCACUCAACUGGCUUGGAAGCCUCUUCUCAUAUUACUGUUCAGCUGAAGUCACUCAGGCAAUAUGGGAUGGAUAUCUACAACAAGCAGAUCCAUUCUUUAUUUACUUCUUAAUGUUGAUCAUCCUUGUCAAUGCAAAAGACGUUAUCUUAGCACAAGAAUCAGAUAAAGAAGAAAUGAUAAAAUUCUUAGAAACAUCACCAGCCAAUCUCGAUUUAGAGGAUAUAGAAGAUCUCUUCUCUUUGGCACAAUAUUACUGUAGCAAAACUCCAGCUUCCUUCAGAAAGGACAACCACAGUCUUUUUGGCAGCAGCCUGCUGGGCCUCAAAGAUGAUGACACAGACUUGAGCCAGGCUCUCUGUUUAGCAGUUUCUGUGUCCGAGAUUCUGCAAGCAAAUCAGCAACAAGGAGAAGGAGUGAGAUUCUUUGUGGUGGAUUGUCGUCCUGCAGAGCAAUACAAUGCUGGGCAUUUAUCAACAGCAUUUCAUUUAGACUCAGAUUUGAUGCUUCAAAAUCCAUCAGAAUUUGCACAGUCUGUAAAAUCCCUGUUAGAAGCACAAAAACAAUCCAUUGAGUCUGGCUCCAUAGCUGGUGGGGAGCAUCUCUGCUUCAUGGGAAGUGGCAGGGAAGAAGAAGAUAUGUAUAUGAACAUGGUGUUAGCACAUUUCUUACAGAAAAAUAAGGAGUACGUAAGCAUUGCCAAAGGAGGCUUUAUGGCCCUCCAACAGCACUUAGCAGAUAUCAAUGUGGAAGGACCAGAAAAUGGAUAUGGCCACUGGAUUGCAAGUACCUCAGGCUCAAGAAAUAGCAUAAACUCUGUUGAUGGUGAUUCUCCUAACGGUUCAGGUGAUGGAAAAGGAGUGAAGUCCCUAGUGAAUAAAAUGACGGUUGCUUUGAAGACUAAAUCUGUGAAUGUGAAAGAGAAAGUUAUCAGUUUUAUUGAAAAUACUUCUACUCCAGUGGACAGAAUACCUUUCAAUAUUUCCUGGCCAGACAGAGCAAGCCUGGAGCGACAUGUCAGCAGCAGUGACAGAGUAGGAAAACCCUACCGUGGUGUGAAGCCAGUAUUCAGCAUCGGAGAUGAAGAAGAAUAUGAUACUGAUGAAAUUGAUAGCUCCUCAAUGUCGGAUGAUGAUCGAAAAGAGGUCGUCAACAUCCAAACCUGGAUAAAUAAACCUGAUGUGAAGUAUAACUUUCCAUGUAAUGAAGUAAAAGAAAAUGGACAUAUGUUUCCCAGUCAUCUCCUAGUAACAGCAACUCAUAUGUACUGUUUGAGGGAGAUUCCAUCACGAAAGGGACUGGCUUACAUACAGUCUCGACAGGCACUCAACUCUGUAGUCAAAAUCACAUCCAAGAAGAAACACCCAGAACUGAUCACCUUUAAGUAUGGAAAUAGCAGUACUUCAGGCAUAGAAAUUCUGGCAGUUGAAAGGUAUUUGAUUCCAAAUGCAGGUGAUGCUACCAAAGCCAUAAAACAACAGAUCAUGAAAGUAUUGGAUGCCUUGGAGAGUUAAUAACUAAAGACUUUGUAGAGACCCGUUUAUAAAGAAGAAGCAACCAAGAUACUGUACGUGGACACAAGCUGACUGUUUCCCAACUGAAUACUAACUUAAGAGAAUUUUUCUGUUUGCUGGUGGGAGUGCCUGAAUAGCAGGCUUAAGAUAGGGUAAAUUAUUAUCCAUUUCUGAACAGGAUUUUUGUUUGGUUGGUCUUUUUAAUUAUAUUUUUUUCUGUUUUGGAGAAGUGUUUAUUAUAAAGGUCAGUUUGUUUCAUUUUAAUGCAGUCUUAAUGGGAGUGGUCUGCAGCUUUGCAAGAGCAGAUGCAGGUGGGUUCCCAUUAAGUGUGUUAAAGGAAUGAAGGACUGUAAGAUACAGAGAAGCAGUUGAAAACACUCUAGUUUUUAAAUUAUUAUACCUUCCAAAUAAAAUGUCUCCAUUGCCUACAGUCUAGAAAUUUGAUUUUGCCCACCACAUAGUAUCAAAGACUAAUUAAAAAUUUAGGGUUUUCAGCAGAGCAAAUACAAAUCUCAAAAACACUGUUUUCGCAUUAGAAAUGGUUACGUCCAAUUUGAGCUUCAGAUAAAUGGAAAAAAUGCAAGAAAUUUAUAAAAUUAUAGGUUUUUAAAGUCUUACCAGCUACUAGGCGAAAUGAUUGGAAUUGGUAGUAAGGAUUAUUUUUAAAUACUCAAUUAACUGUAGCUAUUACUACAGGAUUGAGAUUUUUUUUUAAUUAGGCAAAAUUUUACAUUUCAUAUGUUGAAGCUGUUUCCCAUGUAAAGAUGAGUGUAUGCAGUGAAAUGAAUGUUUCUUGACAGAGUAUGACCAUUGAAAACAAGUUGUCUUGCUCAUCAGAAACAAAAUGUCUAAGAAAUUUAGAUUUGAUGUUUAAAACCUUUCAGUUCAGCACAAAAGCAAGUACAUGCUGACCAAAAGUGUGUUCAGCAAGAAGAUGAAUGCACACAAAACUAGGGAAGAAAUUCCAGUGCUGUGUGUAUACCUGUGAUAAAUGUAUUCUUAACUGGUUGCCUUCAUUGAUUCAAGUAUUCGUUUAUAUUAUUUUGAGUAACAACUUCUAAAUUAGUAAAUGUUUGGGAGAUGACAACUAUAUGAUUGUUCAUCAUAAGCUUUCCAUUUGUUGAAGAAUGGUUCUCUUUUUCAAAGCUCAGUGCAAGAAUAUUCUUAUGGACAAGGCAGAGCAUCUUUGUAGACUGAUGGGAAAUCACCAAAAACUGUGAAAGGCAAUGGGGAUUAGUUUUGCUGCAUGAAAUCUUCUGAGUACUUGAAUCAAAGCCUAUGAUUUGGUACUUCAUCAGAAGGUGAAAUAAGUUAAACUGACCUUUAUAGAAAACAUUUAUUCUAAGUUAUCUUACUAGGAAUCAAGCUAGGGCACCUUAAUUCUGGAACUAAUUACUUUUUUUUCUUCUUAGUAUCUUUGAGUAAACACCAAUAGAACUUGAACUGUUGAAAAUAUUUGCAUGAAAUUGCACCUGGGCCAAUGCUCAUGUAUUUAUAGUUUUGCCCAGCAGCUGUUGUAUUACAUUUUCCUCUUCCUAAUCCCUUCUGAAAAUAUGCUCAGGAGUCUCUGACUCUGUGCCUACUUCAGCAAUGAGAUUUUUUCAUGUAAAGAUGUUUGUGCUACUGUUUAUAAACUACAGUUGUAAAUAAACCAGUACGAUUUGAACAUAACUUCUGUCAGAAGGCAUUUAGUUGCUGUGUAAAUUCUCAGAAUCAGUUAAAAGUUUUUCCUAAAUGUGUUU